AUGGACAGCACACUUCGUCAGCCCAAGAAGCGGUUCGUCGGUAGACGUACUGCUGAAGCUCAGGCUCAAGCCAGUCCAAAUACUGGAGAUGUCGAGUCCACAGCUGUUCAAAAAGCUGCACCCCGCCGAACCCCAAGAACCCUCAAUCAGGUUCCGCCAGAAAUCCUGAAUGACCCCGAUAUUCAAGCCGCUAUCGAAUUGCUUCCCAAGAACUACUCCUUCGAGAUCCCUAAGACCAUUCACCGUGUUCGCACAUCCGAGGCCAAGCGUGUGGCUCUACAGUUCCCCGAGGGGCUGUUGAUCUUUGCUACAACAAUUUCCGAUAUUCUCCAACAGUUUUGCCCCGGUAUCGAGACAUUGAUUAUGGGUGACGUGACCUAUGGCGCUUGCUGCAUUGACGAUUAUACUGCCCGCGCCCUGGGCUGCGACUUGCUCGUUCACUAUGCGCACAGUUGCUUGAUUCCAGUGGAUGUGACUAAAAUCAAGACAUUAUACAUCUUCGUCGACAUCAGUAUCGAUACCACUCACCUGAUUGCCACCUUGGAACGCAAUUUCAAGCCCGGCCAAACCAUCGCAACGGUUGGUACCAUCCAAUUCAACGCUACCCUCCAUGGCCUCAAGCCUGUACUUGAGCGUGCAGGUUUCCGUGUUGUUGUCCCGCAAAUCAUGCCUCUUUCUAAAGGCGAGAUUCUUGGCUGCACAUCUCCAACACUCUCUGAAACCGAAAUUGAUGUCAUUCUCUACCUUGGAGAUGGCCGUUUCCAUCUCGAAUCCGCGAUGAUUCAUAAUCCCACCAUCCCCGCAUACAGAUACGAUCCCUAUUCGCGCACUCUGACACGAGAGAGUUAUGAUCACGACGAGAUGCACACAAUCAGGCGUGAUGCUAUUGCUACCGCAAAAUCCGCUAAGAAAUGGGGCAUCAUUCUAGGCUCCCUGGGCCGUCAAGGAAACCCUAACACCAUGGCCAUGAUUGAGCGCCAUUUGGCCGACCGUGGUAUUCCUGUUGUGAACUUGCUAUUGAGUGAGAUUUUCCCAGGUAAACUGGCCUCCAUGUCGGAUGUCGAAUGUUGGGUGCAAAUUGCCUGUCCUCGACUCAGUAUCGAUUGGGGCUAUGCAUUUUCCCGUCCUCUGCUUACACCUUAUGAGGCACUUAUUGCUCUUGGUGUGCGUGAAAACUGGGAUACUGAAAACAAGGGAGUGUAUCCUAUGGACUUCUACGCCAAAGAGGGGUUAGGCCGCACAAAGCCUCAGCAGGCUGUUAGUGGUACAGCUUGA